GGCAUCCCUGAUGUAAAUCAAUCCCGUAGAGGAUGGCCAGUUGGAAUUUUACGGAAGGGAAGUCAUUCAUAACCUCUGCUAACAAUUGCCAAUAAUUGAAACAGCUUGACUGGGUACGUCAGUUGAUGGAUGAAUCAUUAAGUUAUGUUUCGGCGAUAAAUAUGUUUUCCUCUCGAGGUGAAGGCGCAUAUCAAAGUUAACAGUCAAAGGCACGACAAGUGGGAAUACGCUUUAAUAUAUGAGUCGUAGUGGAAUAAUGAUGAAGUUUACAUGUGGUGUGCUGUUCAUCGCCAUAUCUCUGACCCUUGGAGCCGCCGCCCCGGCAGAGGAGGUAAAAACGGCCAGGGCUUCCCGCAGUGUGUCUUCUCUGGAAGAGUCUCUGCUCCCCCCAAAGGGCAUUUGCAAGAGCAAGGAAACCCAAACCCUCUGCGACAACUGCUGCUUCAUCGAAGCAUACAGAGUGCAUUUCAGAACCAGCAGUGAGGGUGCAUUUGUGCGAACAUUUUCUCAUUGCGCGUGCCCGUUUUCUCAGUGCUUCGACUCAACCGCUGAAUACGGGGAAUGUAGCGCAGAGGCUGAUCUGACUGGGUGUCAAGCUUGUUGCUACUCUACAGCAUGGGGGCGUUCCACUGGUGUUAACGCCCUCAAUAGUUUUGCCCACAAUCUGGCUAAUUGUCUGUGUAGCGUGUGCAAGGCGUCAUUUCCAGAGGAACUUUCACCAGAAUCCACUGACAUGAUCGAAGGAGAUUCCCCACCGAUGUGAAAACUGUAUCAACUGUUGUAAAUGUAGCUUGAAACAAGCAAUGGUUUUUAUCCCUGACAAUAAAGCUUUUGACCCGUGGCUUACAAUUUUUUGUAUUUACUCUAUUUAUCUCCCCUGCUUGUUUAUUACCGCAGGCUGGAGCAUCGGAAGUUUGUAUUGAUAAAACUUGGCGGGUGAGAUUUCACAAUUUUGUUUUCGUGUGGAAACAAACUAUAUCCAUGUGUAUAGGAUCAGAUGUAAAACUAGAAUUUGUCAUUAACAGAUACGGUCAAGGUUAACUAACACAACACCGGGGAUUUUAAAUUUUAGAACUAUUUUUCCCCGUGCGGUAGUCGCCUAUACAGACUGAUGCGAUGUUCAUCGUGGUUCUUUACCAGUUCCUUAAAUCUCUAUUGAUAUCUGCUUUCUCAUUCUUCCUAGUAGGAUAUUGGUGAGAUUCAGAACCAGCAUAAUACCGGUGCGAUAAGUUCUCCACCGCAUGAAUCUCAUUACUCACUGUGUAGGCCGGUAACCCACGCACCGGAAAAAGAAUGUUAAUAAACGUAAGCCAUGUGUCUUUGAGUUAACAAUUUUUGUUUUAGAUUUUGGUUCUUUAUUUGUCAAUCUAAUUCCUUCAGAAUAAAGAAACAAAGGACUCUGA